CUGCAAUCGGAACACCUCGAUCAUUUUCCAUCGAAAACAAACUCCGACGGCUGUAGGUGAACGAUUUACGAUGUCAGAAUUCUUCAGAUUUAACUAUGCUGCAAGUAGCCAUUCACAAAAGAAACAUGUCUCUUCUCUCCAUGGGGUUUCUACUAUGCGCAAUCCAUACGAUCUUUGUACGGCCAAUCUCCACCAAGACGGUCGAGUUCCAGUCUCGUUAUUACACCAAUACCACCCUACAUUGUGACAUUGAGGGGCUCAACCUUCCCAGGGUCACCUUCAAAUACUGGAUCCUCCCUAACGGCACAACUCUGCAGUACUGGCACAAUAACGGGUCAAAGUUCACCGUCGGGGAGUGGCCUAUUUAUAACCUCACUAUCGCUGACGUCACCGCUGAAGAUUUCGGAUACUACUAUUGCGUGAUAUUCUGGGACCCACGUUUGUUCUUAGCAAGUUCCGUGAAGAUCGGACUCAACACGGACGGAGCGAAUUUCGAUGACCUCAAGGCGCGGUACGUGUAUCAUGUGUACAUCGGAAGCGUCGUUGCCGGGGCAACGGCAUUGGCAAUAUCGUCCUUGUGUCUGCUGUACUGGUGCAAAUACAGCGAACAAAAUACUGUUAAUGAAGUAAAAGAUGCGAACCUCUCUGAUGAGAACAAUAGCGAAAGUAAUGCCCACAAGAAGGACACAAUGUUGAUAAGAAGGUGCUUUAAAAGGAGACAGUCAUCGAACAGUUCUGUUGUAAGCGGGAUAGAAGAAAAGCGAGCGGUUUAUGAACUGGAUAAUGUCGUAGAAGCCUUUGAUGAUGGCUAUUCCAAGCCAGGCGAUCUCUCCUACCUCCGUUCGCUUGGCGGUGACAGUCAGCCGCCACUGGAAGUAAGAGGAAUUAUCGAGGAGCUUCGCGCUGAGUUUGACAAUACCAGUGGUUCAGACAUCACGCCACCGCUGCCGCCGCCUCCACCGAUGGACGACGAUGCCGAACAUUGGACAGAGGGUGGUGUUGAGCCACCUGCGGUCCGUGACGGAAAUGAUGAGACGGACACACGGCCUGAUGGUUCCGUCUACGAUGUUCCAAGGAACAGUAGUAUACUACUUCAUGAUCAGACGAUCGGUUCCAUUGGGGCGGAUGGGUCAAUGGGGUCAUGUGACCAAAAUGAGAGUACUGACAGGGACUCCCUAGAUGUUACUCAGCCGGUCAUUGUACUGAAGGCAGAAGUGGACGACGCUGACCUCAAUAGGCCGCUAGACGGCUUCGAAAUUGACGAAGAUAGUCUGAUGGACGCCAUAAAGUCGGCUUCACUUCAGUUUUAUUUGGAAGAGGAUGCGGACAGGGACCUCGAUUUAAAGAAAGUGAGACGUGAUGAGGCAGUGGAGUGUCGGCCAACUUUAGAUUAUGGGGACUCUGUUGAGAGGGACAAAAACAACGAUGACACGAUGAGAGCAAGCUUUAAAACGCAUUACGCCGGUAUUCAUUUCUAAUUAAAAAUGAGGGUAUGCCUAAUUCCGUGUGAAUUAUUCAAAGUGUCUGUAGUAAAAUAUUACUACAUUGAAUACAUUUGUAUGUUUUUGUGUAAAAUCUUUAUAUAUUUUAACGUGUGAGCACAAAAAGCUAUAUUUCACAAGUGAUGUAGCCAUGAGUGAAAUCUUUUGUAGUUUUAUAGUAGUUUUUCAUGAAAUCUUGGAUAAUUUGUAUGCGAACAUUACGUCAUUUCGGAAAUGAUGUCGUUGAUAUUGUUACCCAGCCCUGAGAACGCUGACGUUAAAUUUGAGAGCGGGCUAAAAUUUCAAAACAAUGUUUUUCACUGUCUUAAACAUAAAAUAAAAAUGUUAUUUCACCGAAAAAUCUCUGUAAACCACCGGAAAGCAUAUAAUAAAUUGAAAAAUGAACAGGUGACUUUUCGUGUGCUUUCUUUCAGUAAACGUGUCAUUGAACCAUUUACGACUUUACAUUUUAAGCGACUCCAACAACGACAGCGAUGCCGUAA